AUGAGGCAUCAAUGGGCCCUCGUUCAAAGGCUUGCAAGGCAAUGUGCCGCAUCAAGAGCCUCCACCACUCUGCCUCGUAGGCUCUUGGCUUCACAGUGCCCGAUUCUUCGCCGCCAACCCUUCUCGUCAACGCCGAAGCGCAGGGAGGACGAUGCCUUUCUCGGCUGGCUUCCUCCACGGACUCACUCGGCCUCCUCGAUCUAUGCGUCAGAUGAAGGCAAGGAAGUCACGCUAUCUGGAUGGCUCUUACCAUGCCGCAAGAUCUCCAACUCCCUCUCCUUCCAUCCUCUGCGGGAUUCGACAGGCGUCGUACAGCUGGUGGCCCGAAACGAGCUGGUGCAGACCCUCGCCAACCUGCCACCUGAAUCCGUCGUUCAUGUCACUGGACAAAUCGGCAAAAAGAAGCAGAAGCAACAAAACCCUCCUUUGCGUGCGGGGGAGAGCAGUCGCCUCCCCUCCUCGACCGCCCAGGACGAGGUGGAAGUCGAAGUAUUCUCCUACCACCUCUUGGGUCGCGCUACUUCUUCUCUACCCUUCCAGCCAAGUGAUGCCCACAACCUCCCUUCCGAAGAGCUCAGAGCAAAGUAUCGCUACCUGGAUCUUCGCCGUCCUCAGCUCACGCACAACAUACGUUUGCGAAGCCGAGUCACCCACGCCAUCCGCUCUUAUCUGCACGACGAGGGCUUCCUGGAGAUCGAGACGCCCCUCCUGCUCCGAUCAACGCCAGAGGGGGCAAGGGAGUUUCUGGUCCCUUCACGUCUCGCGCCGGCAUCAGAGCAGGAUGAGGAGGUAGAUGCGGGCGCACCAACUUUCUACGCCCUUCCUCAAUCCCCGCAGCAGCCAAAGCAGCUCCUCAUGGCAUCUGGCGUCACCGAUCGCUACUUCCAAAUCGCAAAGUGCUUCCGUGACGAGGCUGGGCGAAAAGAUCGACAGCCGGAAUUCACGCAAGUCGAUUUAGAGAUGGCGUUUGUGGACGGGGCCGCUCCACCUCAGGCGAGGGAUGGGUGGGCCAUCGGGGGAUCGCAGGUACGGCGCGUCAUCGAGGGGCUGGUGAGGGCGGUCUGGAGAGAGGCCAAGGGGGUCGAUCCUUUAGAGCACGAGGAAACGGGCUUUGAAGUCAUGACAUAUCAGGAUGCGAUGCGGAGGUAUGGUUCGGACAAGCCUGAUGUGCGUUUCGGACUAGAGAUUGUGGAUCUCUGCCCCUACAUCCGAGACAAGCUAGAGCGCUUCAAGUCAUCUUCUUCCUCCUCGUCUGCAUCUCCGCAUGCGCUCGCAAAGCUCCUACUGCACAAGUCCUCUCACCUGCGCUCCCACCUCGAAGACCUCGAGAUCAACCCAGCAGACCUGGACGCCGAGCUUCUCGCACAGGGAGUUGCUGAGGCCCUUCGGGUGGGCAGAGCAGACCCAAAUACUCUGACCUCUGAUGGUCAGGAGGAAGACGUCCACCUGUUCGUCAAUACACGCCAUUCCCCAGCAGAUGGAGGAAGCACAGAGCUAGGAGAACUACGACUGCGUCUCCGGGAUGCACUCGCCUCUCGCUCCCUCCUCCCAGCGCACCUCCUCGACCCUACCCUCUCACAGCCGCGCUUCCUCUGGAUCACCCAAUUCCCUCUCUUGACCCGCUCUGAUCCUGACAAGGCCGACCUAUCCCAGGGAAGAUGGAACGCGACGCAUCACCCUUUCACUGCCCCAAGCGUGGAGAGUCUACCGGCGCUAAAAGAGGUACUGCAGCUGCUCAAUUCAAUCCAAGGGCAGCAUUACGACCUUGUGCUCAACGGCGUCGAGCUAGGGGGCGGGUCAGUUCGUCUUCACUCUGCAUCCUUGCAGCGCGCCGUCAUGGAGAAAGUGUUGGCUCUGCAACCUCAUGAAGUCAAGCGAUUCGACCACCUGCUCAGCGCAUUGGCGAGUGGGUGCCCGCCUCACGCUGGGAUAGCCCUGGGACUGGAUAGGCUGGUUGCGAUGCUAGUUGAGCAAGUCGGGGGGACGGCAGCGAGUAUCAGGGACGUGAUUGCUUUUCCGAAGAGUGCGGGUGGGAGAGAUAAGCUCUUUGGCGCGCCUAGUGUGGUCGGGGGGGAUGAAGGUGGGGCUCGCGGAGAUGAGGAAGAGAGAGUGCUCAACGAGUUCAGGUUGCGAAGGAAAAGGGACGAUUGA